CCCGCCAGGGAGCUUGCAGGCUCAUUCUACAAUGCCUAGAGACACUACAGAAAAGUCCACAGACUCCCAGUUCACCCCGGACGCUUACGACAAUGCCAUUUGUUGAAAACACGCCGGACAACGCGAUCACCGCUAGCAGCCUUACGUCUGAACCGUCGAAUAUCACUGAACUGCACCGCCAAAGCGACCUCUCCACCUCCUACACUGGCCGCCUGCGUGAUGCUGAUGGCUCUGUCUUCAACCCAACGCUUGCUGCAGGCUUCACAAUGGUCCCUCUCACGCCGCUGGAGCGCCGCAAACGCAGAUCACAUAUCUGGGAACAUGGCUUCCUACCCACUAAUAUCGCCAAGGACGAAUAUUGGCUCUGUAAACAGUGUCACACAAAUGGCCGGCACAAGGCCUAUAAACUGACAACUACGAGCCACUCUACAAAGCAUAUUCGCGUCCAUGUUCGCAACUACAGAGCCGGCAGUACGCCUGCGGAGGAGCCCUCUCGUCGGAUCAACAAGAUACGUUAUAGGGCAAGGGCUGUUGAAUGGACGGUUCUCACAAAUCAGACGUUCCGCGGAGCAACCCACCCUAGCCACCUAGCUAUUCUGCAGUCGGUUGCGGAGGAUAUCAACCCUUGUUGUUCAGCUCUAUAA